AAGGCUAAGGUCCUGAGGAGGAUGUGGCUACAGAAUUUACUUUUCCUGGGCAUUGUGGUCUACAGCUUCUCAGCACCCACUCGAUCAACCAUCACUGUCACCCGGCCUUGGAAGCAUGUAAAUGCCAUCAAAGAAGCCCUGAGCUUCCUGAAUAACAUGCCUGCCAUGGUGAAUGAAGACAUAGAAGUAGAAAUCGUCUCCAAUGAGUUCUCUGUCAAGAAGCUAACAUGUAUGCAGACCCGUCUGAAGAUGUACAAGCAGAGUCUACGGGGCAAUUUCACCAAACUCCAGGGCACCUUGACCAUGAUAGCCAGCUACUAUCAGACGUACUGCCCCCCAAUCGAGGAAAAUGACUGUGAAAUACAAAUCACCACCUUUAAGGAUUUCAUAGACAACCUUAAAGACUUUCUGAUUGAUAUCCCCUUGGAAUGCCGAAAGCCAGUCCAAAAAUGA